AUGUACGAAGGGAUUGACAACCUGAAAAUUCUUUACGACCGUGCCGGGAAGACUUUCUCCGGCGGUCCUUCUGCGGCACAGGAUGCGCCGCGUCGUACUGCUCAACCAGACCCAGUACGUCGAUCAUCAGUUGGGAGCGGGGCUCCCAAGAAUCCCAGGACGAGGGAUAGCCGCGCCACCGGACGAGAUAACUCGUCCGACGUCCGUUCACGUCGCGGUGGUUCAACAGCUGCUCAACUAGAUAGCGCUGGCCACCGCGAGAGUCCUCUAAUGGAGAGCUUCUUUGAUCGCGUAACGCAAGGGUUACGCAACGAUCUCGAGCAUGAGCGGGACAGGCGUCUCCAAAUGGCGGACACUGUCUCGAAGCAUCGAGCUGAGUUUGCCUUUGCUCAGCUUGAGAACGAGAGAUCUCUGACAUCUCUUCGUGACGAGCUAAGGGUAGCUCGUGAGAUUGUUGAUCGGUCUCGGGAUGAGAUAACUGCUCUUCAGACCCUUGUUGAUGCCCACCAUCGGGAGCACAAGGCUCUCUGCGAGAUGCUUGAGCGCAAGGGCGUUCUUCAUCGGAAGAAGCAGCGUACUGAUGGUACGGCUUAG